UUUAAUAAAUUCCGCACCAGGCCCAAAAACAGUGUUACAAUAACACCAACUUAUUAUUUGACAGACAUGGUAAUUCAGAACACAAUUUGGCAGGAGGAGUUGACGUCGCAUAGGAUGAACCGUUAGUCCACAACGAGUAUCGUUACUCGAAUGUAUAAAAUUCUUCACCACGUAUGACAUCCGUCGUACUUACAUUGAAAAUUUGUUUUACGGUUCGAUAACGCGUCGAAAAAACUCACCAUAGAUUUCGGUCGUUUUGCACCGCUGAAGUUGGCCGAGAAAGUGUGAUCGGUAAAAAUAUUCGUUAUUUUCCGAACGAACGAAAUUUGAGCGAAAAUUCCAGUUUCUCUGGAAUUUUCUAAAAUAUUUCGUUCGCAUUCGGCCGUCCAGCCAUGCAGAAACCGAGGACUGUGACCCAAAUAAUGGCUGGAUUCGCAGCGACGAUGAUUAUGGUGAGUGCUGGCUAUCAUGUGGGUUGGUCAUCGCCGUCGCUACCGAAACUCGAGGCAACGGAUUCGGAGAUUCUUCUCACGUCCGACGAAGGGUCGUGGAUCGUCAGUGUUUUCGGAUUCGGAUGCUUUUUCGGUUCGCCGAUCAGUAGCCUGAUAGUGGACAAGUUGGGGAGAAAACGUUCGCUGUUGUUCAGUGCUAUUCCGCUGGUCAUCUCCGGUGUCCUAUUGAGCGUGGCGCGAAGUUACUGGUGGCUAAUAUCCGCAAGGUUCAUCGCUGGGACAGGUUCCUGCAUGUGCUACUCGAGCAUACCGAUGUACUUGGCAGAGAUAGCCAGCGACGAUAUCCGGGGUGCUCUCGGAGCCAUGAUAAUCACGAUGUUCAACGCCGGAGUCCUGAUAUCUUAUUGCGUCGGGCCUUGGAUGAGCAGGGUGGCUUUCGCAUCGUUGGGAAUAGCGUUGCCCGUGGUUUUCUGUUCGAUGUUCGUCUGGAUGCCGGAGUCCCCUUAUUAUUUGAUAAUGAAAAACGACCGAAACGGGGCGGUGAAAAGUUUGCAGUGGUUGAGAGGGAGGGUCGACAUCACCGUCGAGGUGGCGAAGAUCGACGCGAGCAUUGAAUUCGACCGAAAGAAUGCGGGAACUUUUAUGGAUCUUGUGAAGGUCCGGGGAAAUCGUAAGGCCUCGUGUAUCGCCUUCGGACUGGUAUUCGCACAACAGUUGAGCGGCGUAUCUGCCGUUCUCGCUUACGGUGGCCUUAUCAUGGAGGCUGCCGGGACACGUUUCGACCCAAGCGUUUCCGUAAUUCUCAUCGGAUGCAUCCAGGUGGUGAGCUCGAUAAUGUGCGUUUUCAUCGUGGAUUUAAUGGGGCGAAAACCGCUCCUGCUCAUUUCCACUUUCGGCUCCAUCGUUCUACUGGGAGGAGUAGCUCUCUACUUUCAACUGGUCGCCCUGGAAGUGGACGUUCGAUCGAUUUGGUGGCUUCCCUUGAUCAGCAUGAGCGGUUACAUAUUUUUCUUCACAUUUGGAUUGGGACUUCUCCAAUGCGUCGUACUCUCGGAGAUAUUUCCUUACAAUGUCAAGGCCGUGGCGGCUUCGGCUAGCUCGCUCGUAGGCUCAUUCGGUGGAAUAGUCGUCUCGAAGCUUUACCAAAUAGUAGCCGAUGCAUGGGGGAUCCAUAUAUCAUUCUGGGGGUUCACGGUGAUAACGAUAUUCUCAGCUGUAUUCAUCGUAUUCGUCGUACCCGAGACGAAACAGAGGUCGCUUCAAGAAAUUCAAGAAGAACUCCACAAGAACACUGAAUCGAAAACUACGAUCGAAGAAUUGGACGAUUGUGGGGUGAUUUCACUACACUUUUAAAUCGCUGAAAAAUGAAUUAAUGACACGCGAUUUUAUUUAGGGACGACCGGCCCGAAUAUUCGUGUCGAGGUACUCAUAUCGA